AUGCUUCUGUUGAUAUUGCUGUGGAUGUUGGUAUUUCUAUUUUGGAUAUGGUUAAGAAGAGAUAUAAAUAAAAAUGAACCACCAACAUUGAUUAAUUUAAACUGGAAAAAAAUAUACCGUUUUGCAGAAGAUGGUGAAGCUAUAACAGACCCUGAGGAUUUUGUUACCGUAUCAAAUGCAUGCUUACAAAAGGAUGCUAUUUAUGACUUCGGAAAAAGCUGGAUCGGAAAUGGCCUCAUCACUGCAUCUUGUUCAAAAUUCGAAUCAUUGGCGGAGAUUAUUUUGAAAAUUAGUAAGAAUAAUACGCACUUCACUGAUCAGGAUAUAAGAGAACAUGUAGACACAUUUGUUGCAGCUGGUGAAGACACUUCUUCCGGGGUUAUUAUGUUUUGUUUGGUAACAGUGGGUUCUCAUCCACAAGUGCAAGGAGAAAUACACAAGGAGUUACAACAAAUUUUUGGUGACGAAGACAGAGAUGUGACGAAAGAAGACCUUUCAAAACUAGUUUACUUAGAUGCAGUAAUAAAAGAGACAUUGCGUUUCUACCCAAUAUCACCUAUUGUAGCACGGUAUAUAGAUAAGGACGUUAAACUGCGUAACUGCACUUUAUCUAAAGGACACUCUGCAGUUUUAUCCAUCUACGGAAUACAUCAACAUCCAAUGUGGGGUCCAGACGUUGAUAAGUUUAGACCGGAACGAUGGCUUCACCUCCCAUCAAAUCAUCAAAAAUAUUUUCCUGCUUUCAGUUUUGGCCGCAGAGAUUGCAUAGGUUUCUGGAAUCUAAUAAAAGAAAUGAGUCGAGAGUGUCAAAAACUAGGUGGAGUUAUGAAAGUUCCUUUAGGUCCUCGAACCAUAUAUGUUUUAACAGAUCCUGAAGAUUGUUUGACUGUUUCAAAUGCGUGCUUUCAUAAGGAUCGUGUUUAUGACUUUGCUAAAAACUGGAUUGGAAAUGGCCUCAUCACUGCGUCUGAUUUCCAAUUCGAACCAUUGGCGGAAAUUAUUUUAAAAAUUUGUGAGAAUAAUAUACAGUUGACUGAUCAGGAUAUAAGAGAACAUGUAGACACAUUUAUUGCAGCUGGUGAAGACACUUCUGCUGGGGUUAUUAUGUUAUGUUUGAUAACCGUGGGUUCUUAUCCACAAGUGCAGAAAGAGAUAUACAAAGAGUUAGAACAGAUUUUUGGUGAUGAAGACAGAGAUGUGACGAAAGAAGACCUUUCAAAACUGGUUUAUUUAGAGGCAGUGAUAAAAGAGACGAUGCGUUUUUACCCAGUAGUACCUAUCAUAGGACGAGAUCUCGAUAAAGACAUCAAAUUAAGUAACUGCACAUUAUCAAAAGGUCGCUCUGCAGUUAUAUCGAUUUAUGGAAUACAUCGACACCCAAUGUGGGGUCCAGACCCUGAUAAGUUUAAACCGGAACGAUGGCUUCACCUUCCAUCAAAUAGUCAAAAGUAUUUUGCUGCUUUUGGUUUGGGUCGCAGAAUUUGUAUAGUGUUGCUGCGAUUAUUAGCUCGUACUAAAAGAUCUGAUAGCACACUCAAAGCGAUCGGUAAUCUUGGCUUGUACUGUUGUAACGAUAUACCUGCAUCAUCUACUCCGCUGCCCACGCACCGUAUCGGCGGUUUCAUUGUUCGAGGUCGCGCACAUGCGUGGUUGGUUCAAGUCGAAUAA